AUGCUGACGGUGGCGACGACGUUUGGAAAGAGCCCGAGUUCGCACACGGAAGACGCAGGAGACACAAACAUGUCCAACAAACUGAACAACCCGAAGCGCCGUGAGGUGACGGGGUCAUCGUCAUCCAACUCCUCGAUAUCGUCCGUUGGCGCGGGGGACAGCGGGAUUUCGGCCGAUCUGGCCUCCCUGUUCGAGUGUCCGGUAUGUUUUGAUUACGUGCUGCCUCCUAUAUUACAGUGCCAGAGUGGCCAUCUCGUGUGCACUAGCUGUCGGUCGAAGCUGACCUGUUGCCCGACUUGUCGCGGCUCGCUGGGAAAUAUUCGCAAUCUAGCAAUGGAGAAGGUUGCAUCGAACGUAAAGUUUCCUUGCAAACACUCGAACCACGGCUGCACAAUAUCCCUCGUGUACACGGAGAAAGCGGAACACGAGGAGGCGUGCGAGUUCCGGCCGUAUCUGUGCCCAUGUCCCGGGGCAUCCUGCAAGUGGCAGGGAUCGCUAGAUUUUGUAAUGCCCCACUUGAUGAUGUCACACAAGAGCAUUACGACGCUGCAGGGUGAGGACAUCGUAUUCCUGGCCACCGAUAUUAACCUCCCGGGUGCGGUCGAUUGGGUGAUGAUGCAGUCGUGCUUUGGGCACCACUUCAUGCUGGUUUUGGAGAAGCAGGAAAAGUACGACGGCCACCAGCAGUUUUAUGCAAUCGUCCAGCUGAUCGGAUCGCGGAAGGAGGCGGAGAACUUUGCCUAUCGAUUGGAGCUGAAUGGCAACCGGAGGCGACUCACAUGGGAAGCAAUGCCACGGUCUAUCCACGAAGGAGUCGCCAGCGCAAUCCUGAACUCCGACUGUCUCGUUUUCGAUACGUCAAUCGCUCAGCUGUUUGCUGAUAAUGGGAAUCUGGGUAUUAAUGUUACUAUUUCUGUUGUUUAGAUUGGGUAAUGCAACGACUGAAGGUAGGGGACCAGAUCACGAUAGGCAAGUGAAUGUCUAGACGAUUCUUACCUAUUUACGCUAGUGCAAGUUGUAAUCUACAGCUAAUAUCCUCUUAUCAUAUUCCACCUACACGCUGGUUUCUCUCUGAUAGGCAGUAAACUAGCUUCCUAUAAUCCUGACAGUUUAAAAAAUAUUCUUUUUGAAUUUUUGGAACUUUCGUCGGUAGCAUUCAUUUUUUGUUUCCAUUAGUUUUGCUUCUACCAAUUGCUGCUUCCGCAGUUUGUACCCAUUUGACCCGAAGCUUAAGAAUGCCUACCCCGAAAUUGACACAAACGUGUUGCAAGAGCGUUGAAUAAUAAGACAAUUAAUACCGGUCGAUGCUCACAAGAUGAUACUAGGUGAUAGUGAUUGUAUAUGUCAGUAUGAAUGCCAGCAAGAGAGGAUAUAAUGUGUUUUUUUUCUCAAAAAUGAUCAAUGAAUGCACCGUUGCAACGAUCUGUGUGAUAUAACAGAUCUGCGUCGGCGUUAAUAGAUAAGAAAUUGCGUAUGCAUGCUCGUGUGUGUGUGUGUGUGUAAGAGUGUACACGUUUGUGUCGUGUGUUGAUUGCGUGGAUAUAUCCUUGGAGAUAAGGACUUAGGAGUUAAGCGGACAGGCGAAUUGUACAUUGCAAAUAACAUUUGACAACGGUUGCAUGCUAGAUGACUUUCUUGAGCGCUAGCUCGGCUAAUAUAAGUUGCGUAUGAGGUUGCGAGCUAAACAUAGUAAAGAAGUGAAUCAUAAUCUUUAGCGCUCACAAAAUAACGCUCUUUUAAAUAUUAAAUAUGUUAAACAUGUCUGCAUCUAUUAUAAUAAUAGCGAAAUACUGUAGCUCGAGAAAACAAAUAAAAAUAAAUUAGGGUACUGCUGAGUGUAUUGCUAGAGAUCCUGUAACGAUCGUUCGAUUCGAUACACAUGUUAGAGAUUGCAGUACGAUUUCGCGCGGGCAUGCAGAUUUUUGACGAAAAUACAACAAUUUGAGCAAGUUUUCAUAGCGAGCUCAUCGCGAAUAUAUACAAGUGAUGAAAAGGAAUGAAUGCGUGAUACAUAAUUAAGGCUCCCGUCACCGGAGUGCUACUGAUAUUGAGUUUGCUAAUCUAACCGAUUUUCAUACAUUCAGCUAUUAAUGAUCCGUUCGAAAUAACCGCAAGACUAGCUGCACAAAGUUUGAAUGCAUUGUUGAACGCGCACAUACUAGAAAUAAUAAUCUAUCACCGUUUCCUGCGAAUCGUAAAGGGCACCAAGGGAACAUCGAUUCGACAGGUAUAAGCUGCAUAUUUAAAGACAUGGAAAUAACGCGUUUUAACGAACUAAAUAGCUCAGGGUUGAGCAAGAAGAAUGAAAAGAAACUUUACUGCCAGAAUAUGUGCAAAUAAGAACAUUCGUCGAGAAUGAUUCAAACGGCGAGUCGUAGUUGAUCUGUCCACAUCUCUUAAGAGUGCAACAAGAAUGUAUAAAAAACUUUGGAUUGAAUAUGAACUUAUGGAUUGACUAGCGUUCGGCACUUGCACCUGUAGGAUCAAUUUAGUUGCUCGUUCUGUGGAGCAAAAGUAAUUUCUGUCAACUGUUUGUGGUCGAUAGUCGCAAAUUUUAGGUAACAAACAGAGCAGCAUCAGUCAGAGCGAAACUAGAACAAAUAAUGAUGGACAAACGAAAGGAAAGGCGUGGUGAAUAAUACAAUCCAACAACUGGUUUGACGGACAUGUGUGUUUGCAAAUAAAGUACUAUGAUUUUUAA